AUGCAAAGUUUUAGUACACGGUGGCGAGCGCGGGAAACGGUGAACGGGGACGUGACUAAUGUAUUGACUUUUGGCACGGUUCAAGCUGGAGUGCAAAUGGUGGCUUACCUCCUCAACAUUCGCAGAGUGCCCAAUUUCUACGUCUAUGUGAUCGCUUUGCCUUUUUUCAUUCUAACCGGAUUGUCGAUUGUUGGAAUGUUCUGGACACCAAAUAUCAAAAAGGAGCAACUUGUUAAGCUAACAAUCGGCCUGACAAGUCUUGUCUCAAUGACAGUUCUAUUGGAAAUGCUUUCGGAUGCCAUCCCGAAGACUUCGGUGUUUCCAUUACUUGGGAUUUAUGUGGUUUGUUGUGUUGGAGUGACGUCAUUAGCUUCUGUUGUUAUCACUCUCCUUUGUUACCAAAUCCGAGAAAAGAUUACGAAACACGAGAAAUCGAGAGAGCAU